UGGCGGCCAUGUUGGGAGCAGCAGGUCCGGCGGCGGCUGCCUGGGUGCCGGGCGCGGAGCAGUGCCGCUGAGGGCAGGGGAGGAGCGAGGCAGGCGGCCGGCUGCGGCGGCAGAGAGUAGGCGGAGCGGCGCGGCCCGGCCGAAAGGCGGCACAGCCCAGCCGGGGGUCGGGGGGGUGCGGUCCGGAGCCGCUCGGAGCCGGCGCGGCCUAGCCCGAGCGGCGCAUCCCCGGGCUGGCGUGAGCGGCAGCCCGGCCUCCCCGCACCCCCGGCCGGGGCCCAUGCGGCGGGUGCCCCUGCUGUGAGAAGCCCCGCCCGGCCGGGCUCCGCGCCUUCCCUUCCCUCCCUUCCUCCAAGCUUCUCGGUUCCCUCCCCCGAGAUACCGGCGCCAUGUCCAGCGCCCGGACCCCCCUACCCACGCUGAACGAGAGGGACACCGAGCAGCCCACCUUGGGACACCUCGACUCCAAGCCCAGCAGUAAGUCCAACAUGCUGCGGGGCCGCAACUCAGCCACCUCUGCUGACGAGCAGCCCCACAUUGGCAACUAUCGACUCCUCAAGACCAUCGGCAAGGGUAACUUUGCCAAGGUGAAGCUGGCUCGGCACAUCCUGACCGGGAAAGAGGUAGCUGUGAAGAUCAUUGACAAGACUCAGCUGAAUUCCUCCAGCCUCCAGAAACUGUUCCGUGAAGUAAGAAUAAUGAAGGUUUUGAAUCAUCCCAACAUAGUUAAGUUAUUUGAAGUGAUCGAGACUGAAAAAACGCUCUACCUUGUCAUGGAGUAUGCUAGUGGAGGAGAGGUGUUUGAUUACCUAGUGGCUCAUGGCAGGAUGAAAGAGAAAGAGGCCCGAGCCAAAUUCCGCCAGAUAGUGUCUGCUGUGCAGUACUGUCACCAGAAGUUUAUUGUUCAUAGAGACUUAAAGGCAGAAAACCUGCUCUUGGAUGCUGAUAUGAACAUCAAGAUUGCAGACUUUGGCUUCAGCAACGAAUUCACCUUUGGGAACAAGCUGGAUACCUUCUGUGGCAGUCCCCCUUAUGCUGCUCCAGAGCUCUUCCAGGGCAAAAAAUACGAUGGACCUGAGGUGGAUGUGUGGAGCCUGGGAGUUAUCCUCUAUACACUGGUCAGCGGAUCCCUGCCUUUUGAUGGACAGAACCUCAAGGAGCUCCGGGAGCGGGUACUGAGGGGGAAAUACCGUAUUCCGUUCUACAUGUCCACAGACUGUGAAAACCUGCUUAAGAAAUUUCUCAUUCUCAAUCCCAGCAAGAGAGGCACUUUAGAGCAAAUCAUGAAAGAUCGAUGGAUGAAUGUGGGUCACGAAGAUGAUGAAUUAAAGCCUUAUGUGGAGCCACUCCCUGACUACAAGGACCCCAGGCGGACAGAGUUGAUGGUGUCCAUGGGUUACACACGGGAAGAGAUCCAGGACUCGCUGGUGGGCCAGAGGUACAAUGAGGUGAUGGCCACCUACCUGCUCCUGGGCUACAAGAGCUCUGAGCUGGAAGGUGACACCAUUACCUUGAAGCCCCGGCCUUCAGCUGAUCUGACCAAUAGCGGUGCCCCUUCCCCCUCCCACAAGGUACAGCGCAGCGUCUCAGCCAACCCCAAACAGCGGCGCUUUAGCGACCAGGCUGGUCCUGCCAUCCCCACUUCCAAUUCCUACUCUAAGAAGACGCAGAGUAACAACGCAGAAAACAAGCGGCCUGAGGAAGACCGGGAGUCGGGGCGGAAGGCGGGCAGCACGGCCAGAGUGCCCGCCAGCCCCCUGCCUGGCCUGGAGAGGAAGAAGACCACCCCCACCCCCUCCACGAACAGCGUCCUCUCCACCAGCACAAAUCGAAGUAGGAAUUCCCCACUUUUGGAGAGGGCCAGCCUUGGCCAGGCCUCCAUCCAGAAUGGCAAAGACAGCACAGCCCCCCAGCGUGUCCCUGUCGCCUCCCCCUCCGCCCACAACAUCAGCAGCAGUGGUGGAGCCCCAGACCGAACUAAUUUUCCCCGGGGUGUGUCCAGUCGAAGCACCUUCCACGCUGGGCAGCUCCGGCAGGUGCGGGACCAGCAGAAUUUGCCCUACGGUGUGACCCCAGCCUCUCCCUCUGGCAACAGCCAGGGCCGGCGGGGGGCCUCGGGGAGCAUCUUCAGCAAAUUCACCUCCAAGUUUGUACGCAGAAAUCUGUCUUUCAGGUUUGCCAGAAGGAACCUGAAUGAACCUGAAAGCAAAGACCGAGUGGAGACGCUCAGACCUCACGUGGUGGGCAGCGGCGGCAACGACAAAGACAAGGAGGAGUUUCGGGAGGCCAAGCCCCGCUCACUUCGCUUCACGUGGAGCAUGAAGACCACGAGCUCCAUGGAGCCCAACGAGAUGAUGCGGGAGAUCCGCAAGGUGCUGGACGCAAACAGCUGCCAGAGCGAGCUGCACGAGAAGUACAUGCUGCUGUGCAUGCACGGCACGCCGGGCCACGAGAACUUCGUGCAGUGGGAGAUGGAGGUGUGCAAACUGCCUCGGCUCUCUCUCAACGGUGUUCGAUUUAAGCGGAUAUCGGGCACCUCCAUGGCCUUCAAAAACAUUGCCUCCAAAAUAGCCAACGAGCUUAAGCUUUAACAGGCUGCCAGGAGUGGGGGGCGAAGGAGGCGGCCAGCUGGACUUAGCUGCUGGGGCCGGCGCUCCGCCCGCCCGGGCCGGACUGCAGAGAUGGAUUGGUGUGUCUCCCCUGCUGGCACUUCUCCCCUCCCCGCCCGUCUCAGUUUUUUCUUCCAUGUUUGUGGGGGCCGGGAGAUGGUUCUCGCCCCCACCACGGUUACCCUGCCCAGAUCGUCCCCCUCCCCCCCUCUCUCCCGCAGGAGGCGAAGGAAGGGGAGGGAGGGGUGGGGGGCGGGGCUCCCCCUCGGUACUGCGGUUGCACAGAGUAUUUCGCCUAAACCAAGAAAUUUUUUAUUACCAAAAAGAAAAAAGAAAAAAAAAAAAAAUCCCAGCGGCCACCUUUCCUCCCUGCCCCAUUGGGACAGUCGAGACUGGAUCUGCGGGGUUUCCCGGGAGGGUGGCUCAGGGCUGGAACACUCUCAGGCAAGAGUGGUGGAGUUCCCUGUUAGGCCCUCCGCCAGGCCCACUUUGGGCUUCUCCCCUCUCCUCUCCUCCUUCCCCUCCAAGUAAACCACCAGAGGUGGCCUUGCCCUGACCUCAGGCCCCUGGGCUGGAGGCCUGGGCGGCGGGGGGCUGGGGGUGGGGGUGCCGCGCAGCCCUGAAGCCGUGGGGCUGGCGGCUGCUCUGGGGCUGGCAGGCUGGGCGCGGGGCUCCGGCCUCCCUCCACACUGUAUCCUCUGCCCCUCCUUCCCCAGAGCUGGGCAUUUCCUUCCACAAGCUGCUGUGGGGACUUUUGUUCCCCUCCUCAAAAAGUCUGUGCCAUCUUCUCCCACCCCCUCCUGGGUAGAAGGCGGGGCUGACCCCAGGGCUGGGAGAGGGGAGGGGACUGCAGGGCAGAUGGGCUCCUCGGCCCCCAGGGGGCCGCCUGGGCUGCUAGUCUCCGGAACAGGGACGCUGGGCAUUCUCCGUUCUGGGAGAGCCUUUGUCUGAAAGCACAGCCCCCCACGCCGUUCCUCUCCCCACUGCUCCCCUUCGUUGGCAUUAAUCUGGGCACCAGCUAGUUCCAUAGCAGUGACUUCCCUCACCACUCAUCUCUUGGCCUUGCCUUUUCUUCCUCACACUGUCACCCCUCCUCUCAGGAGACACUGCCCCGGGGCCUCCGCGGGAGGCUGGAUAGGGCAGCAGGGCCGGGGAGCCUCUGCUCUCGGCGGCGGGGUGGGGGACCGAUAGGCCAAGUGACUCCCAGCUCGCUAACCUCCGCAGCCAGCGUGGGAGUGGCUGGUUAUGGGCGCUUGGCUGGUGGCAGCCGCUGCAUCCCUUAAUUUAUUUCUCUGCUGUCUCUGUUCUUGAGAAAUUGGGGGAGAGGUCCUGAACAGAGGCUGCCUCUACCCUCACCUGAGUUGUACAUUUUUUUGUGAUGGGUUUUAUUUUUUAUUUUAUUAUUUUAUUUUUUUUUUCUUUUUUUGAUUUAUGAUGACUCCACCCCUACUCAUCACCCCCACUCCCAGGCCUGGCUCCCCGGCAAGUUGAGCCCUUGGGUCCCAGGAAGGGGCCCCGCCAACCUCAGCCCUCCUGCCCCAAGCCCUAAGACUGUGGGCUCGACUGUGGGCUCCGGCUCCUACCAAGGGCUCUCCCUCCCUCCCUCCCUCUCUCCCUCCCCUGCCCUAUGGAACAGCCCGGGUGCUCCGAGGGGCCGGGAGGGCAAGGCUUGGCUCCCAAAGGGGGUGGUGGCUGGGGGGGGGCUCCCAGGCAAGGUGGCCCCUCCCCACCCAGCCCCCCUUCCUGCACUUAGUUUUUCCUCUGGAUCAAACACGUAAUAAAGAGAAUGUUUGGAAUC